AUGAUUAAAACAAAUUUAAUAAAAAAACUAAAUACAUUAAUAAAACAAGAAUAGUUUAAUGAAGUCAUUUAAUAUUUAUCAAUUCAUUAAAAUAUAAUAUUAAGCUAAUUAAAUAAAAAUUGUAAAAUAAAAAUAUAUAUAAAUAUUUUUUAAACUUAAAAAUAAGUAUUAAUUAUAUCCUGCAAUUAAGGAAAUUAGCGAUUAUUUGAUUUUAUAAUCUCUUAUAUUUAAUAUCAGAUUGAACAAGAAGUUAUAAGCAAAUAAGAUUUUUAUUAAUAUAUUAAUUUUUAAGAUAAAUUUGGCUAUACUGCAUUAUCAUACGCUGUAUUUUAAGAAGAAGAUUAUAUGGUAGAAAAGUUAUUAGAAUUAAAAGCAGAUUAUAAUUUAAAAUCAAUAUAAGGAGAAACAAUUCUUCAUUUAGCUUCAUAAGGAAAUUGUUUGAAAUUUUUAGUAAUAAAUUAAAAUAUAAAUCCAAUAAUUUAAAAAAAUACCUUAUUAUAAAAAAAGAUUCAAUUUUAAAGAUAAGGACUCAAUAUAAAUGCAAAAACAAAAAAUAAUUCUACAUUACUUCAUAUUUCUUGUUAUAAAGGGAAUAUAGACACUGUACGUUAUUUAUUAAAAAGCGAAAUAGAAAUAAACUAAAGAGAUAUUGAAAAUCAUACUCCUUUACAUUUAGCAGCUCUAUCUCAAUCUUAUCGAUUAAUAAAGCUUUUAUUAAUAAAAGGGGCUGAUAAAAACUUAAUAAAUAAUUAAAAUAAAACUCCUUUUUAGGUAGCAGAAGCAUUAGAUAAAGGUAAUUAAUCUUUAUUAAAACUGCUAAAAAAAUAGAAAUUUUGUUUAAAUUUUUUUUAUUGUAAGUAUAAUUUGAAAAAUUAAAAAGAUUCAAUAAAUAUUUUUUUUUAUGCUUUUUAAUUAAAUUGUACAUUUUUCGAUUUUUUUUGCUGUAAUUUAUAUUCGAAAUAUAAAUUUAUUUAUACCAUAUAUUAUUCUUUAUACUAUAUUCUUUAUAUUUUAUAUACUUUCAUUAUUUAUAAACCCAGGAAAACUUAAGUAGUUUUCAAAUGA